AUGGCGUUUCUCAAUGCUCUCAAAAAAGAUACCCCACGGCUGCAGAAGGGUCAAACUGUGGCGUACGACUACCUUGUGGACGACGAGCACUGGCAGUGGACGCUGGGCACGGUGGUCGCGCUGAAGGAGUACAGCGCCGUUGUGCAGCAGUGGCGCAUCAACCAAGGCGACGACGCGGCACUGCGGAAUAUCGUGUCGAACGAGGUUGAAAAGGAGAUGAAACGAAUGAGGGUGUUUCAGGAGCAACUUUCCACAUCACGAGAUAAACUGGCUGCGAUUCGCAGUGAAAACGAGGAUCGCGUCUCCGCCGCAAGGACGUUGUACGAGUUGGCGAAGGAGCAGGUGGAGGUGGUCGACGAGGUUCACAUGCGUGAGGUGACGUCGCAGACCCGACCCUCACCGGUGGCUAUGGAGGUGUUAAAGGCGGUGCUUGCAGUGGCCAAGAAUGACCCCGCCGUCAAAGACUGCUCCUCCUGGUACGACAUACAAAUGGAGUACAGGAAGCCGGAUGCUGUCAUGAAUCUCAUUCACGUGGACAUCCCUGGACGGUGCUAUCCAAGCCCCGACGCCAUUCUUUCCUCCUUGCGGGAGCCACGCUUUUCUUCCGCGGCCGCCGCGCGGGAUUCUGAUGCGAUCAGGAGCCUGCAUCAGUGGGUAAUGAGUGCCCUGGCGUACCAAGAGGCACAUAGCAGAUUAACCUCCGACACGCGUAUACAGGCGCAAAACAAUGCUAUCGGCGAUGCCAUUUCCGGGAUGAAGGCGUGCCGCAUGAAAGUCAUGAAGCUGAAGGAGGAGUUGUCUCACGGAAAUCCCUCAGCUGCCAGGGGUCAGGUGACGUCCUUUACAAAAACGUCUGUACAAUCCACGAUUCCUCUUUCGGCUGUUAUUUCUGUCGUGCCAAUUGAUGCUUUGGUAACCGAUUGCGCGUUAACAGAUGAUGAGGUUGACAUUGUCUACGAAAAUGCUACGUGGAUGCGCUUUCAACUGAAGGAUCAACUCUCGCGAACAUUGAAUGAAUACAUGGGAGCCAUGGCGGAGCUCCACUGCCUUUCCAUGUAUGCCACUGAGCUCGAAGAAAAGCGCCUCUACUUGCGAGAACACUACACUCGCAACGCUCUGCGUAAUCAGGAUAGAGCAGUUCUAGAGAUACAGAACAGUGAAACCUCCAAGAAUCUGAAGCAACUGCAGGACACCAUUGAUGAAUUGAAGAAGCAUGAUGAACGAUGGACCUUCGAGGUUGGUCCGACGGUAACCACAAAACACACUAAGAAAUACCCUGGAAAGGAUUGGAAUGCGCUACUUACAAAUAAACCAGAGGAACUGCUGGCAGUGUUUAAGUCUGAGCAAGCGCUCGCUUGUCACGUGCCAAAUGACUGUAUUCGGGAUGUUGAAUUCCGUCUCGAGCCCGAUGCGCUUCUCACUUCGUUCAAAGUCCAGCACCCUUCACGACGGACCACAGGAGAGGUUGAUAAGCGCCUGGAUGAAUUUCCGCCGCGUGAGAUGAACCGUCUCUACCAAGACCCCGACCGCCCGAAGUCGGCCCUUGACCGCGCAAUCGUGGAGGUCUGCCGCGCACUUGACAUGCCAGAGAGCAAGUUCAAUGGGCUGUACUUUGACGAGUUUGUGGAGCAUCUUGGAGGAGUGGGCCACCUUGUCGACAAGGACGCAUACGAAAGCGAGAUUGGUGAUUUGCUUAUGUUUCUGGACAAGAUCCACAACGAAAACCGCUCGCUGCAGUACACGCUAGAAAAAUCUGCCGAGGAGUUUCGUCGUCAGACGGCAUCAACGUUGCGGGAGCAGGAGGCCUUACGGCAGCGUAACAAUGAGCUCCACGCCGAAAUUGGCCGUCUGCGCAACCUGGUCGAGAAGCUAAAGGACCUUGCUGACAAGCAGGCCAGCGAGCUGGAACUUUUCAAGUUGCAACAGAACCAGGCAAAUCAGAUGCGCACCCAACGCAAUCUUUCAGCAUUUAAGAGCGACAACACCGCCGAGCCCCUGUACUGCGUCACCCUGGAUGAGCUGCACGAACAGAAGAAGCACUGCGAGGAGGCCGAGAAGGCGGCGGCAGAGCUGCAUGCCCAGCUCGGGGAGCUCACUCAGACCCACGACAACCUCCUCGCCCAGCUAAAUACGCUGACGCAGCAGAAAGAAAGUGUGGAGGCAGAGAACGGGCAGCUAAAAGAGGAACUCCAAACGGCAGGAAAGUCCGCGAAUGACGCCGCACAGGAGCGUGCCGAGCUCCGACAAGAACUGGAACGAAAACGCGCAGAGUGCGAGGAAUUAAUGAACAACUUAAAUCAGCUCAGUGAACUCUUAGAGUCUGUCAAGACCUCAGAGAAGGAAGCAUUGGCAGGCAUCGAAGCGCGCGACGAAGAAAUCAGUGACCUUCAGCAGCAACUUGAGGAUGCGCUACAUAAUCACAAUAUUACAGCCCGUGAGCUUGAUGCGAAGGAACGACACAAGGAAGAACUAAUGGCCCUAGCUGAAAGGCAGCAAAGAGAAAUACAUGCUCACCGACACAAACGCCGCGUGGCGCAUGAAGCAAGAUCACUGGAGCCAACACUACAGCCCCAUGGCGUAGAAGGCACAGCCCUAGAGGAUGAAGUGGAACCAGAUGCCAUCCUACAAGAACCCCUACUUUCCGUUACAAUGGAUGAAUACACGAACCACCUCCAACGGAGCAAUCAGCUUCAACAAGAAAACGACACACUUCGGCAGCAUAUCCAACAACUCAAUGACGAUAAGGAAACCCUGUACAGCCAGCUUCGGGAAGCCACGGCAGAAAAUCAGAACCUCACCGAGCAGUAUCGUAGCAAAAAUGAGGAAUGCACUAAUGCCAACAACAUAAUAAAAGUCCUUUACGACAAAAACGAUCAACAGGCGUCUGAACUUGAAAAAAUGAACAUGGAAAACCAAAAGCAGACUGAAGAGAUUGAAAAACUCCACAAUGACAUCAACAAACUCAAUACUACAACUGAAAAAUUCUGCAAUGAGAAUGAAAAACUCACAAAUGAGAAUGAAAAACUAGCCGACGAACUAGAAAAGCUAGCAACAGAAAACGAGAGUCUCGCAGAGGAGCUGGAGCAGAAGGCGGCCGAGAAUGAGAAGCUCGCAGAGGAGCUGGAGCAGAAGGCGGCCGAGAAUGAGAGACUCGCAGAGGAGCUGGAGCAGAAGGCGGCCGAGAAUGAGAAGCUCGCAGGAGGAGCUGGAGCAGAAGGC